CACUCCUUUUAAUACAAAAAAAAAAAAAAAACAAACAAUCCAAACCUCUUCUUCUUCUUCGUCUUCUUCUUCUUCUUCCCCACCAGCUCCCACCUCCAAAACCCUCCAUUAAUGGCGGAGCUGGUGGAGGACCCCAACUCGAUCCCCCGCGUCGUCUCCAUCCUCUCCUCCCUCCUCCACCGCGUCGCGGAGCGCAACGACUCCCUCCUCCUCCGCCGCCCCUCCGCAGCCGCCGCGCCGCGCCACCGCGCGGCGGCGUUCCACGGGCUCACGAAACCCUCGAUCUCCAUCAAGAGCUACCUCGAACGCAUCUUCCGCUUCGCCAAUUGUAGCCCCGCGUGCUACGUCGUCGCCUACAUCUACCUCGACCGCUUCCUCCAGCGCCACCCUUCCGUCGCCGUCGACUCCUUCAACGUCCACCGCUUCCUCAUCACAAGCGUCCUCGCCGCCGUGAAAUUCAUGGACGACGUAUGCUACAACAACGCGUACUAUGCAAAGGUUGGAGGGAUCAGCUUGAUGGAGAUGAAUUACUUGGAAGUGGAUUUCUUAUUCGGCGUCGGCUUCGAUUUGAAUGUGACCCCUGUAAUCUUCAACUCGUACUGCUCCAUUCUUCAGAGCGAAAUGGUGUACUUAGAAGCAACCCCUGCUCCCCCAAGACUACAUUGCUGCUUGUCUGAGGAAGAGUCCAGCAGCUGCCAACAGAAGCAGCUAGCUGUGUGAGUUUGUAUUUUUUUUUUUUUUUUUUUUUCUGUACAUAGAUCUGUAGCGAACACUUUUUAUUAGUUAUCUUGGUGGGCAGUGGAUUAUACUGUUUUGUUUAAAGUUCCUGUUCCCUUAGAUCCAACCACUACUCAUGUGGAGCAUAAGCCUCUGUCUUUUUAAUCUUAAUCCUUCUUGGCUUUGUCCUUUUCCUCUUCUUUUUCCAUUUUUCAGUACGUGGUUUUGUGAUUUACUUGUGUGAUGAUGGUGUGUAAGAAAAAGGGGGUGGUAAAAAAAGAACAAAAGGAAGCUUUUGUUUAGAGCA